GUUGUGAUCACGUAGCCAGCCUCCAGAGCUGCACACUGCACAGGUCCCCAGCUGACCAGUUGUAAAGCAACGCGUGGUAAACGAGUGGGAGGGACGAAAUUUUGUUGCAUGUGCACAGUGGAAGUGCAUCAUUCGAAUACACGAAGUGGAGCUAGACACAAAGAAUUGGUGACAUUAUUUGUAAUAAAACUUCGCGUCGAUUUCGUGGUGAUGGAUUUAAAUACUAUGAGUAGACCAUAAGAUUUGGGGCUACAUAAAGACUUUAUGUAAAAUGAUGGCUAUUAUUUGUUCAUUUCGAAUAAUAAAAUUCUGAUAGUGUGUUGAAACGUCCAUAUACGAUAUGGAUCAAAUACUGUUUCUUGUGGCUUUAGUACAUAUUCUGUAUUGCCCAUACACAAAAGUUGAAGAAAGUUUUAAUUUACAAGCUACACAUGAUAUUUUAUUCCAUGGAUUUAAUAUAACUGAGUAUGAUCAUCAUGAGUUUCCUGGUGUUGUUCCUCGAACAUUUUUGGGACCCCUAUUCAUCUCUGUUUUAUCAUCUCCUGUAGUAUUAAUCAUUCAUACUCUGGGGUUGAGUAAAUUUCUUGCUCAGUAUGUAGUGAGAGCUGCUCUUGGCCUUUGUGUGUUGGGAGCAUUUAGAGUAUUGAGGAAAACAUUGCAAGAAGAAUUUGGUGCUCCUUUCUCCUUCUGGUUUGUUGCCAUUACUGUGACCCAGUAUCAUUUUAUGUACUACCUGAGUCGUCCUCUUCCAAAUAUUAUGGUGCUUCCUUUAGCUUUACUUGCUCUUCAUUUUUGGAUAAAGCAGUGGCAUUCUUAUUUUAUAUACUUCUCUGCUGCAGCAAUAAUAAUCUUUCGAGCUGAACUAGCCCUCUUCUUAGGGCUUUUGCUUCUCUCUGAUCUUCUUUUUAGGAAAGUCAGUGUUAUGAGUGUUCUAAAAUCAGCUGUACCUGCUGGGUUAAUAUUUCUCACUCUAACUAUUGUGGUUGACUCCUUAUUUUGGCAAAGACUUGUGUGGCCUGAAGGAGAAGUUUUAUUUUUCAAUACUGUAUUAAAUCGAAGUCAUGAAUGGGGUGUAUCCUUUGCAACAUAUUAAAGUGUGAAGAAGAAUACCAAUUUGCUGAUCGUAUUAUGAAUUCGUUUCAAAAUAUUUCUAACUACAAUAUCUCACUUGAACACUUAAUACAGUGUCUUACUAAAAUCUUUCCCUUCUUUUCCUAGGGUUUUCCUAAACAAAUGAAUUGUAAGUUAAGAUCUGUAACAAUAAUGUGUUGUUUAGGUAAUUUUUCACUGAUAGCAUUUUUAUCAAACCUUCAAAAAAUGCUUGUCAUUAUAGCAAUUGAUGUGAGUAAUUUUAGUAGGAGAAGAUUGGAAUAGUCAUUGGAUUUUGAUUUAUUAUUCUAUGGUCCAACCUUUCAAAUUAGGGUUUGAGUUAUUGUGGAGAAGACGAUGAAGAUGUAGGAACUUAAAAAGGGGAAGCAGAAUUUUGAUGAAUAAGACAAGGAACAUACAAUGUAACAUUCGUCAAGUGAACAGGGAGUGAAUGGUUCUGUCUGCGUGAUGGAUAAUUUAAAUUCAUCUAGUGAAUAGUCAAAUCAUCUGAAUGUGUUCAGGUUGGUCAUUUUCUUGAUCAAGUUUUCAUCCACAAUUGGAAUAAAGAAGCUCUUUUCAUUAUUCAUUUCUGGCUCUUCCCAUGUUUUUACCGUAUGUCAUUGCCUCAUCAGUUGCCCAAGCCUUGACACCCUGAUGAUUACUGAUAAUUGAUUAAAUAAAAAGGGAUUAGGUUGUAAGGAAGUAGAAGUAAGUGAAACAUUUGAGAAAAUAUGUUCUAUGUAGAAUAAUGAAUUGAGAGAAAAAAUGGAAUAAAGCCUUAAAAAUAUUGCCAAUGGAAAUGUCCUAUAAUUUCAUUUAUUACAUAAGUUGCAUUUUUAUGAACAUGCUUUUGUGGGAAUUGAAUUCUAAAGUUCAAUUUUUACCUUAACGUUUUCUCAGACUUCUCCGUUUCUGUGGUACUUUUAUUCCGCUAUUCCUAGAGCAAUGGCUUGGUCAGUUUUGUUGUUACCCUUUGGUGCAUAUUACGAGCCACGGGUGCUAAGAAUGUUGAUACCUGUUGUAAUAUUUGUCUUCCUGUUUUCUUUUUUGCCUCAUAAAGAGUUACGCUUUAUUAUAUAUAUAUUUCCUGUACUGAAUGUCGUUGCUGCAAGUGCCUGUAAUAAAAUAUGGCAGUACAGAGGAAAGUCUGUUUUUCACUCCUUCCUUGCUGUAGGGGUCUUUGCUCAUCUUGUAUUGAAUAUAGUCUUUACUUUAUUUCUAUUAUGUAUUGCGGGAACAAAUUAUCCUGGUGGUGUAGCCAUUGCUCGACUUCAUAGACUGGCUAAUGAAGAGAAAUCUGUCAAUGUUCAUAUUGAUGUACUGUCAGCCCAAACUGGAAUUUCAAGAUUUACUCAGAUAAAUUCACAUUGGAGGUAUAAUAAAACAGAAAACUUGUUGCCAGGUGGACCAGAAAUGCUGAAGUUUUCUUAUUUGUUAAUUGAAGCUAAAAGCAAAUAUUCUCCUAAUUUAAAACCUUAUUUGAAAACACAUGAUUUAUUGGAGUCGGUGGAAGGUUUUUCCCAAGUUGCUCUAAAUUAUCAUUCCUUUCCACCUUUGAGGAUAAAAACAAAACCUUUAAUUUUUAUUCUUAAAAGAAAAGAUUAUAUUCCAUCAUAUGAUGAUGUCAGUGAAGAGAUUCUAGAGGAGAUAGAAGCACCUUCAUUAGCAGAAAUUGAAGAUCUAGCUCCAGCUGAACCUGAACUGAAAGUGGAAUUGGAUACCAUGGAACUGACUGAACCCUUCUUUGAUGUUAGUACAUUGGAUAAAUAUGAAGAUAAAAUUAAAGAAACUUUUGUGUCAUUAAGCGUUGAAAAGAAGGUAAUUACUGUAGAAGAAAUUCCCAAGCCAUUGAAUGAAGAGAGUAGGGAUUCAUGCAUGCUUGAGAGCUGCAUGACACCUCUCGACAAAAAGGAAGAGAAAAAAUCAGCUGAUGAAAAAAUUCAUAUUCUUGAUUCUAAGGAUAAAGAAUUGCUUGAAGAUGAGCAUUAUUCAGAAUCAAAAUCUGAGGGAAUAGAGGAUGAGAAAACUCAUUGGACUGAAAGUGAAGAACUUCAAGUGGAAAUUGAAACAGAAACUGAAACUGAAAUUCAACUGGAAAUUGGGGAACCUAAUGAAAGUGAAAUAUUUAAAUAUAAAGAAGAAGCUCAGAUAGUUGAUUCCAAGGUUAUUUCAUCAGUUGAUGAAGCACAGUCUUCAAUUUUCAGUAGGGAUGCCGGCAAUGUUGAGCACUGUGUAAUUGGGUCAGAGCAGUGUGCAGAGCAAACACCAUCUGUUGUUGAGAAUUUAGUUCAUAAUGCAAAUGAAGAGCAAGUUGUUCAAGAGAAAAGUAAGAAAUCCAAGGGCAAGAAAUUAAAAAAGAAAAAAAUUAUUAAAGAACUUGUAAGUGAAAGGGAAUCUGUUGAAGAUGAAAUUCAAAAAGCGGAAAUGGAAAAUGUCAAAGAAUUUGAAAAUAAAAAGGAGUUGGAAGAAAAUGUUACACCAGUUGAAGAUAAAAAGGAGUUGGAAGAAAAUGUUACACCAGUUGAAGAUAAGUCAAAACUGAACUUGCAGCUUUUGAAUGAAGAACCUUUACAAGUUUCAGAAAUUAUUCAAAGUAUCAUUGUAGAACCACCAUCUGGAAUUGAAAUUUCAAAAGAAAUGCCCAAAAAAGAAUCUAAAAAGAAGAAAAGGAGUCAGAAGUAUUUGAAAGCACAAAGUAGAGACCUCAAAAGAGAACAAUCUUUUGAUACGGAGACAGCAGAAACAAUUGUUAGCACUGAUGAAGGCACUGCAACAGAGGAAUCUACAGAUUUUAAGAACAAGGAAUCAGAUUCUAGUGUGUUAGAUGUAAAUAAAGAUAGCCUUGGUGAUUCCUUUCCUCAAACUCUUGAAAUGGAUAAUUCUCAUAAUAUGGAAGAUGAUAAAAAUUUGAAGUUGGAAAUUAUCAGUGAAAAUAAGGAUGUUAAAGAGCAAAUAGUUGCCAAAGAAAAAACUCUUAAGAAAACAAAGACCAAAAAGAAAAAAGGGAAAUCAGAAAUUGAGAAACCUGACAUUGAGCUACCAGUUGAAGUGCGUAAUAAUUAUAUGGAGAAAAAGUCUGAUUAUGACAAAACUGAAGAAUUGGUUGUAUCUGGCAAGGAUCCCAAUAAUACCCAGUGAUGCAAUGGACUUCCUACUUGCAUUAUUCUAUUAGGAAUAUGUUUGAAUGUACUAUACUUGUAACUUCCCUCCAUUUCCAGUCCUCUCUCAAAAAAUUGGCAAAUGAUGGUGCUCUUGUACAUACUUUUACAUUUGUUCUUUAAAGUAUGUCAGAAAUUUGUCAUAAUGAUGUGAUUCCUGAGGGUAUGAGGAAGGAACAUGUCAGAUUCUGUUCACACAUUACCUUUGUAACAAUGUGAAGUGCAUAAAAUAGAAAAUUUUAUAAAUAUUUAUUUUUAUUUAAAUGAAGAUGUGAGGAGAAAAGUGUAUAAUUUUCAAUCCAUGUAAUAUAAAAAAUAACAAAAACCUUCCAUUGUUCAAUUAAUAUGUUUUACUUAUUAAUUAAUCAAUCACAUUUCAUGAGAUGUUGCUCAAUGAAACUUCCUAAUUGAAUUAUGUCAACAUUUUGUGACAUUUAUUGUUUCCGCCUUAAGUCUGUAGGUUUUAAAAACGUUACCAUAGAGUAAUGAUAUUCCUCCUUAGUCUAUGACAUUACUAUUACUGAAAUUACUACUAUGAUAUGUUACUUGUGUUCAUUUUCAUGCCUGAGUGACAGAUGUGAGAAAUACUUAUUUGUAAAUUCUUGUCACAUGUUACCUAUUAUGCGAGUUAUUGACUUUUUCUCCACACCUGUGGAACAUGUAAGCUGUAAAAAACUUCAAAUUAUUCAUUGUUUUACAAGAAUUGGUGAAUAUAAUGAAGCAAUUUUUAUUUUAUUGAUCUCUUUUCACCAGCACAUUUGGAACAUGUAUUGGAAUAUUUUCAUCCAUAAUUUAUUGUUUAAUAUUGUAUUGAUAGCUCUUGAUGUCAUUGUUUUUUAUAUUUUGGGGUGGGUGCUAAUUAAAGUGAUAGGUCUUUAAGAAUUUAAUUUAAUGUAAUUUUGCUAUAUAAGGGUACCGUCAACUAUUUAUUCUCUAUUUUUAUUGUAAAUUCUGUGCGAAUCUAUCUGCAUCAUUAUUUAUUAAUAUAAGUAAAGGAGUUGCAGAAUAUACUAUUUGAGUAGUUAAGUUCAAAGCUUUUAAAUAUAAUCCAAGAACAUUGUUUGUUUUAAAACUAAGCAUUACAGCUUUUUAAAAUAUGUCUCUCAUUUGGAAGUGUCGGCAAAGAGCUACUCUAUAUUUGACACUAAUACAUGUUACAGUAUUACACUGUGAAAAGCUUCUUUGUUCAAAAGUAAAACUAGAAACACAAUUUUUUGUGAUCAGUGCUGCAUUGAACUUGUAAAAAUAAAAUUGAGGUAGUCUUUUGUAAGAAAGUAAUGGUCCUGGUUACAACCAGGUGGACACAAUGUGUGUUAGAUAAGGAGUUGAUUUAUGAUUAUUUAAUUCAAAAGACUAUCAGGGAUGCUCAUCACACCCAUUGUAAUAUGUUUCAACUUCAGAAAGAAAGAUAUCCAUUUUUCCAGUUCUGUACCGUAACUCGUAUUGUCCCUUGUAAAUUCCAUUACCAAAUGUCCACUGUCAAGUUUGAAAUGAUGUUUUGAGGUGUGUUCUUAGACCUGUCAAAUAUCUCAGAAUGUAUUGGUAUGAAUUGUUUCACUCGUACAAUCUUUUGAUACUCCAACAACGGUACUCAUAAGAGAGCCAUUGAUUUUGCAGUUUCCACUUGUGACUGUCCUUUCUCCAUAGAUUUUUGUUCUUUGUCAUUAUUUCUUAUUGAAUAUUAAUUUAUAAAAUAUAUUAAGAUUUAAGGUACUAUCCUACCUAUGGACUGUGAUAUUUUUUAACCUGUAGUUCAUGAUUUUGCAUUUUUAAUUUAUUUUUAAUGUUCUUUGAAUUGUUAAAAGAAUUGACUACCUUGGCUGGGAAUCAAACUCAGAUCUCUUGGUAUACUUCCUGUUCCUCCACCACUUGUGCUACCAAGUCAGCAAUUUUUUGAACAGCCUUUAGGAGUACUGUAGCCAUGUUUCACCACCUUGUCACAAUUGUUAGCGUGAACCAUUACACGGGCAUAUGUUUCCUGUAUCACAAUUGCCAAACAUUAAUAUAUACCCUUAGGUACAUGGCAAGAUACUUAUUUUCAGUGUUUUACAUAAAAAAUAAUGUAAUUAAGAGUAAUUGAAACUGAUGAGAGCUCUUGGUACAGCAACAAGAAUUAUUUUGCUAAAUAAUUAUGGGUUCACAAGAAUGGUUGGCAAUUGUAAUAUGGAAAACAUAUUCCUACAUAAUUAUUAAACUAAUACAACUGUGACAAGGUGAAUAUUUUUAAUUUAAUGCUUAGUGGAACUUUUCAUAUUUUAAGUUAAAAACACAUUAAUUAAAUGUAUUUGAAGAAGCUGUUGAGAACUCUAGAUACUGCAUCAAAUUAAUUUUCAUUACUGAGGUUUGUAAUAUGCUCAUGGUGAUUUUACAAGUUGUGUAGAAAAUAUGUUUAAAGCUGCAAUGUCUUAAUUUUUCAUUGAUAUUUAGAAUUAUUUUGAAUGUGAAUUUAUAAUGUGUGUGUGGAACUGGCAUUAUUUGUGUUGUAAAUGAAUUUCUACUUUCGUGACAAUCAGGUCAUACAAUCAAGUCUCCAUUUUAAAGUUUGCAAUUACCUCAGGCAUCACAUAUAGUCAUUAUGACUUCUAAAAAAUUAGUGUAAAUGUGUUUCUCAUAGAAACACAAGAUUUAGUAGUGUGUAAUAUGUACUGAUGAAAUAUAUACAUUGUUUUGUAUAAAUUAAGAUAUUUUUAAUUGUAUAUUAAAUGAGUGGUUUGUUAAAAGAAAUAUUUGCAUUUUCAUAUUGGUGUGAAAAAUAAGAUAUUACAUACCCAACAUUUUCAGUGCAUUCAACCAAAGAGGAUUCACUAUUCUCUAUAGAUGUAUUAUAGUAAAAGUAUUUUUAUUCAUUAUGCAGUGUUGCGAAAUAUAUCUCUUAAAUAACAUCGUAAAGCAUUUUUUUUAUUUCUCAAAUGUGUAAUUUUAAAUUGAGGACUGCAUUUACACAGAUUUGUAUUCAAUUGUAGUUGAAAUAUUUUCAACUUUUGAAUGAAAAAUUAAUUAAUUAAUUAAUUCAUUGACGGUCUACUAGGUGGACUGAUAGUUGUUGUUAUAGUAAGUUGGGCAAAUUGGUUGAUAACAUGUUGGGAUUCACCUACCAAAAUCAUUAUGGCAGUUAUUUAGGUGAUACUUUGCUAGCUCUGCAAAUUGUUUUAAAUGAUUUUUAUGAUAAGGCUGCAAUCACCUGUACCAGCAUCUAAUGGACAUCCUUCUGCCUUUCGCCCUCUAAUUAUUGCUUUUUAAGAAGUAAAUGAUUAGCAAGAAGAAAUGAAAUGGAAAAAGUGGGGAAUUGUCUGAAAUAAAAAUUUUCCAGGGUUUUUGUAUUUGAGUAACAAUAAUGUGUUUAUUUUAUUACACAAAAUGUAUCACAUGAUGGUUGUGGCAUAAUAUCAAUUUUUUUAUGAAUGCAAAAAGGUCAUAAUGUUGUAGAGUUGUGAUCAAAGAAGUGUCUAAAUCUUGUCUAAUAUACAUCACAGACACAGGUGCUCAAGAGAACAUUAAUAAUAUUUGAAAAUUAUUUUAACCAAAAUUGUUAAUAUUUUGAUAUGGUAGUGAUGAUAUGUAAUGGUUUGGUAGUUAAUUUUUUGUAUGUUUCAAUUGUAAUUUUUAUCAUGUAAUUAUGUGUUUGUAAUGAUCACAGGUGAUGCUGUUAGUAUAUGUAAGAGUAAAUAGCAUAUUUUUUGCUUCAAUAUUCAACAUUGGUAAUGUUGUACUUUCUCGCAAAAUAUCUCAGCUGCUCCAAGCCAAAACUAACAAUUUUUUAAAAACUUAUCUUUAGACACUAUUGCAUGUACUGUUGGCUAUUGCAUAAAGAUCUGCCGAGAUACCAGACUUAUUUGUGAAUAUCCUCACUAUGUUCAAUGAUUUUUGUAGCUUAAAAUUCAAUACUUACACAUUUAAGGACAAAGAAAAAUAUUAGAACUUCCUUUUCUCAUAAUAAUUAGUUUUUCACUGUGUUUUGACCUGGGAUAGCCAAGCAGUUUCGAAGAAAUGUAUUAAAGGCAUGGGACAGCCUAGCAGUUUCCAAUGUAUUAAAAUUAAUACUGUUCUUGAAUUAUUUUUAUUGACUUUAAUUUCAUGCUAUUUGUUGCAAAUUGUCUUAAAACAUUUGUUUAGAUAAUUUAUCUACCUCUCAGGUCAGGAGUGUUUAUUCUCCAAAAAUUGUUUUGGUGGUACUUACAGGGGCAACAGACGACUAGUCGACUUCCAUUUAGAGAAAAGGGAACAAUAAAGUAUAUUUUUAUUUUCAAAGUUAAAAUAAUAUUUCACUAUAAUUUUUUAAAUUAAUUCUUUUUUUGCCAGUUUUAUAAGAGCUAUGAAAAGAUUAUCUACACAGAGACUUUUGAAAUUUUUCUUGCACACUUGUUACGUUAAUCACUGAUUGGAAAUUACAAAUUUCUGAAUUCAAGUCAAGUUAUUCAUGUGAUAAAGUUAUAUUUUGCUACGUAGUUUCUGUACAUAUGCCAUUUUAUAAUGUGAAUUGUACUUUCUUAUCAAACCAGCACAUCUCCUUGAGUUCAUCCCUGUGCCUUUGCCAAUUUGUCUACUGUGUUUACGAUUCAUGCUUCGUUUCCUGCUGUAAUAUUUAUUCUGCAUAUAGAUGACAGUGUGUUAGCUUUUAUGAUAUUUGCCAGAAAGGAUGUUUUUGUAAUUGUUCUGUAACUUUGUUUUUUCUUUUCUGCAAUAUUGGCAAGUUUGAAUUUUAAUGUGUGCCUUUUUUAAUGAUUUUUUCCAUUGUAGUGUUAUAUCAAAGGUAGUUAUUUGAAUGUUAUACACGAUCAGAUAUUCUAAAGUGUCAAAAUUAUUUGUAUCAGUUGAUAUGUUAUUUUUGAAUAUAUAUAUGUAUCAUUCACUUCCUGUAUCAUACAGGUUAUAUUGAAAGUACAAAAUAUUGAUUCUAGUCGAGAAAGAAUCUAGUUAGAUCUUAACUCAGUAAAGUAUUUGUACAUUUUUCUGUUAUUGUGGAAGUGUGAUGGUGAAAUACAUGGAAAUAUUUUGAACAUUGUGAACAUGAAUUUUGUUAGAAAUUACUAAUUUUUUAACCUGUCGUUUAGGUUGUAACUUUGCAUCUACAGUACCUGUUCUCUACUCUCAUCGUACUGAAUGUUUGUGAUAU